ACAACGCGGCCGCAAGGCGGCCGCUCCCUGCCGGCCCCUCUUUUCGGCCCCUUGACCCUCGGACGCUGAGAGCCAUGGCCUUGCCGCUGCUGCCUGGCACCAGUUUCAACCGCAACGUGGGAAAGGAAAAGUUCCACAAAUCUCAACAUUGGGGCUUUUGCAACAAUGUGAGCAUGCUGGUGAGUGAAGAUAAACCCGGAAUUGGUGGAGAACUGCUUCUUGGGCAAAAGAUGAAGCCGAAAUACAGUGAAUUUCCUAAAGGAAUGGGAAGUGAUGCGCCAUCCUGGGUAGCUUUUGAUAAGCAGGUAUUAUCUUUUGAUGCCUAUUUAGAAGAUGAAGUGCCUGAUAGAAGUCAAGAAAACUAUAGAAUCAGACGCUAUAAAAUCUACUUCUACCUUGAAGAUGACACAAUUCAAGUAAAUGAACCAGCAUUGAAAAAUAGUGGAAUGCUUCAAGGAACUUUUAUCCGGCGUCAUCGGAUUUCGCUCCCACCUCCUGAUGAAGAUCAGUUUUAUACUGUGCAUCAUUUCAAUAUCAAUAUAGACAUCAUCUUUUAUGGCUGGACAUUCAAGAUUUAUGACUGUGAUACGUUCACAAAAAACUUUCUGAAGAAACUAGGAGUCAAAUUAAACCCCCCGGGACAGUGUCCAGAAGAUCCUUACAUGAAGAUGCGGAGAGAGACACUAGACUGCAUGGAGCCCUUACGUCCCUAUGAGUCCUUUGACACCCUGAAACAGUUCCUUGAGUACGAUAGGAAGGUGUUACGUUUUUUCUGCCUGUGGGACGACUCAGCCUCGGUGUUUGGGGACUGUAGGGAACUCAUUCUGCAUUACUUCCUGUCUGAUGAUACCAUUGAAGUCAAAGAAGUGAUGCCACACAACUCAGGCCGGGAUGCUAUGUCAUUGUUCCUCCAGAGGAGAAAGCUCCCCAAGUAUGGCCCACCUGGAGUCUAUCAGCCAGGCCAGAUAACAGAUCGAACAGUUCUUAAUGUGUACAGUGGCUUGACAGAGAACCGAGCGGACGGCUACCUGUUGGAUAAAUACAAGCUAGGAAAAGUAGAUCAAGAGUUUUACAAAGAUUGUGACCUGUUCAUAGGAGCCACCAUCAAUGUGUGGGGAAGGAAAGUGCUUCUUUGUGACUGUGAUGAAUUUACAAAGACUUAUUAUAAGACGAAAUAUGGAAUUGAGAACUUCACCUCGAUUCCAUGGAAGGCUCCACCUCCUCCAAAAAUAGAAAGGAAAUUUCCACCUUAUACCGGCUUUGGUUCUGAAGAGGAUUCUCUCCGCUCCUGCAUAAGCCUCACACCCACACCUCAUCAGAAGAACUUCAAGAAGUUCCUGGAAAAAGACAGCUAUGGCAACAUAAGCAAUACACUCCGGUUUUUUGCAAAACUCUUCACACACAAAUGUGCAGACGUGGACAGGAUGUUUGUUAUUUCAUACUUUCUCAGUGAUGACACAAUUUCAGUGUUUGAACCUAUAGAGAGGAAUUCAGGGAUUACUGGCGGGAAGUUCUUGAAAAGAAUUCGUGUUAAGAAGCCUGGACAAGAGGUCUUUAAAAGUGAACUAUCAGAAUAUGUGAAGGCCGAGGAGCUAUAUAUCGGAGCCAAAGUGAACGUGAAUGGCUACCUGUUUCUUUUGCUCAGUGCUGACGAGUACACCUUAAACUACAUGGAAAUGAAUUCAGAUAAGUUUCCCAUGAGCAGCAUUGAACUUGUCCUACAAAAGCUGAAAGAAGAAGAAUCAAAAUCCAGAGAGAUCAAGCAGGUAUUUGCAGCUGCUGACUGUAGGCACACAAAGAUGGUGGAUUAUAAUACAUUCAGGGCACACUUUUCAAAAACCAUAAAGGAGAAGUUGGCUGUAUUGACUACAGGAAAAUUAUGUUUCUCUAUAGCAAAAGAUGCAGUAAGCAAACUUAAAAGUAUAUAUAAAUUCAACGGAUUUCUGUACAUUGAUUUUGUAUCCUGCAAAUUUGCUGAACUUAUGAAUCGGUUCUAG